UUGAGAGAGGAGAAAGGAUGGAUGGAGAAAUGAAUAGUAUAUUAAGCAUCGCAAGUAAAAAACAGAAAAAGGAAAAGAAAAAAACAGCACUUGCAAACCGACAAUCAAACUGGGCCAUCUUCACCCUACCAUCUGCUUCAUCACUAUUUUUUGUCUACACUGGUCACUAGAUAGCCACCUCACUUCUCAUUUCUCUCACUCCCUCUCCUACACUCUCCUCUCUCUCUCUCUCUCUCUCUCUAUCAGAUUGAAUCUUGCAAGAAAGAACCCUUUUGCUGGGCGCCAUUGACACUGCUUGUUUCACUUGUUUAAUCAGUAAUGGCUAUUUUAGUUCUUGCAAUGCUCAUGUUGGUCAUGACUGGCCAUGCUAGCUGCACAUGGUGUGUCUGCAAGGAAGGGUCUGAUGCAGUUCUUCAAAAAACUUUGGACUAUGCUUGUGGAGCUGGGGCUGACUGUGGUCCUAUUCAUUCAAAUGGUCCUUGUUUCCAACCUAAUACUGUAAGAGCCCAUUGCUCUUAUGCUGUUAAUAGCUACUUCCAGAAAAAGGGCCAAGCUCAAGGCUCUUGUGAUUUUUCUGGGACAGCUACCGCGUCUACAACUGAUCCUAGUUACAGUGGCUGUUCUUAUCCUGCUACAUUGAGUGCUGCAGGUACUAGCACAACUACUACUCCAACUCCAGUCACCACAAACCCAUCUACCACCACACCUUCCACUACAAACCCAUCCAACACUACACCUACAACCACUACCCCAUACUCCACAACGCCUUCCAAUGGUGUCUUAGGAGGCAUCGGCAACGGUGUAAGUCCAACAGGAGCUGGAAUAAACACAGACAUCACCGACAGUGGAUUCAGAGUUGCAAGCGCUAGCUUGUUCUCUUUCUUUGCAACUCUGUUGGUUUCAGGGUUGAUGCUUUUGUGGGGUUGAAGAUGCUAAAUUGUGGCCAAGAUGAGUGAGUGGUUACUGAAAGUGGGGUAGGUUGGUCACAGGUCAAGCUGGAUAUCACUGUGCAUGUAUAUGUGGGGAUGCAUGUGAUUCUGUUGUUCUUUAUCUAAAGACAUGCUAGCUAAGUUUUUGUUUGUUUCUCAUCCUCUCCUACUUGGGCAAGAAUCUGAUUAUUCUAUUUUUGGUGGUUUUGUGCUAGUUGAAUGGUGGGACAAGACAACUAUCUCUAAUUUUCUGUUUGUACAUCUAGAUAUAGAUCUAGAAAAUUCAGUAAUUUAUUAGUCUCUGAAAGUUUGGAUCCCACGUUAUGUUCUAAUUAGUUCUACAAAAACUGUUGCCCGCCGUUACUAUGGCAACCUGUUUACUA